AUGGACACUGGAAGCCAGCAUGCCACCAGUGAGUCCACCGUGAAUAAGAGGAAACCGUCAAGCUCUAGCGACGUCGCAGAGUAUCCACGGAGACGCGCUACGAUCGCUUGCCAAAUCUGCCGGUUACGCAAAACUAAAUGCGACGGAGCGAGACCAAAGUGCCGACUUUGCGCGGAGCUGGAUGCUGACUGUGUGUAUCGAGAACCGGGUAUUAAGCUUGACGCCGGGGACAAGCUUAUUCUCGAGCGCUUGACAAGGAUCGAAGGUCUUUUACAGUCUAGUCUGGCGGUGCAAGCGCAAACAACACAGUUUCCCCUAUCCUCCACAUCACCCACGACUAGCAAUGAUACAAAUAUUGGCGCCGAUGAGCCUGUGGCUAAGCCGCCAUCGAUUACCCCCAUUCCAGGAAAAGUGACAGUGGUUGGGCUUGGUUCAUGGGCCCAUCCACCGACGAGUAUCUCUACUAUGCCCAAAGUGCACACGACUCCUGCCUUGCAUUUAUUGCAGUGGCCUCUAAUUCGAGACCUUGUCUCGGGUCCUUAUGAUCCUCAGAACUUGCUACAACUGGAAAUGGCGCGUGAGCCGCUCAGGCUGAUCUCAAAUACGGGGAUCGAUAUGACAAAUUCCCCGGUCUAUAUCCGAGCCUUCUUCGAGAGAGUGAAUGUCUGGUAUGCGUGCGUUAAUCCCUACACCUGGAAUCGGUAUUACCGUACAGCUCUCUCGCGACGCUUUAAAGACGGCGCCGAGAGUUGUGUUGUGUUAUUGGUUCUUGCUUUAGGCAGCGCCGGCCAUCAUGGCAGCAUAUCGUUUGCACCGCCUGACCACGAAGCUCCAGGACUGUCGUACUUUGCUGCUGCAUGGAAAAUACUCCCAGCGUUGACCAUGCGGAACUCCGUUCUCUCGGCUCAAUGCAUGAUUUUGGCUUCGGCAUAUCUUUUCUACCUGGUUCGUCCGCUGGAAGCGUGGUCUAUGCUGUCGAACGUAAGCAUGAAGCUACAGCUGUUAUUUGGGAACCCUAGCCGGGUGCCGCCCCAGUGGAAGGAAAUGAGCGUCCGGUUAUAUUGGAACGCUCUCCUGUAUGAGAGUGAUCUGUUAGCAGAGCUGGACCUACCGCACUCCGGCAUUGUGCAUUUCGAGGAACUCGUCGAUCUCCCAGGAGGCUUCGAGGAUGAUGAGGAAGAGGAUGAAGAUGAAGACGCUGAAGAAGAUGGAGACCAUGCCGUUAUGACGGAGCCAAUCGGACGUGAUGAGUUGUGGUACUUCUUGGCCGAGAUUGCUUUACGCAGACUUCUCAACCGGGUUAGCCACAUGAUCUACCAAAAAGACAAUACUUUAACGCUGGCAUCACUCGGGCCUAUCGUCUCGGAGUUGGACUUUCAGUUGACCCAGUGGUAUGAGAGCUUGCCGUUGCCCGUUCAGUUUCCCCUCAACAUAACACCGGUCUCGAACCCAGUCCAAACGGUACUCAGGCUCCGCUAUUACGCUUGCCGGACAAUCAUAUAUCGUCCCUAUAUUUUUGCUGUUUUAGAAAAUGAAAACGCAGUAACAGACCAGACGGUUAGGGAAUGUUGUCGACGAUGUUUGGAGGCCACUCUUCACCAGCUGAAGCACAUUACAAGCCACCGGGAAGGCCAUUUACCUUAUCUGUGGCAAGGCGCACUAUCAAUGGUUUCCCAGUCUUUGUUGAUCAUGGGGUCAACCAUGUCUCCAACACUCUCGACGCUUCUACCGCCCUCUUUUCAAGUAGACGCAAUAAUAGCCGGUGUCGUGGCUGAGGUGGAAAGAUACGCCCACCUUGCCCCCAGCCUGCGCUUAUCCUUUGAGAUUAUCCGCGAUGCCGAGAGGCGACGCCAGAUAUGCCUCAGGUCGACCGGGGCUCUGAUCUAA